GAGAACUGGGGACACCCGCUCGCUUCCGUAAACAUCGCUCGGCCCCGCCCCUCCAGCCGGGAGAGAGCAUUCGUACUCAGGGGAAGGGGAGCAAGGCUCCUGUCAUGGAAGGACGGAUUUGCCUCCCUUUUUUGGAAAAGUACCGGGCAGCCAGCUUCGACCUGUCCGGGCUAAAACUUGUCGCUUCGCACUCCGAGUGUCGUUUCCCUUGCCUGUCGUGUUGGUUAAGAUACGGAACGAAACGUUUCCCCCCCCCUCCUCACAGAGAAGUGGGAGCGUCCAGGCAGCUGCUAAUAGACGGCCCAAGAUUAUGUAUAACCAAACGGGGGAGGCGGAUGGAGAGUUAAAGCCCGGGUGACAAGAGCUGAGGGGCAGCCAAGGCAGAACCUGUGAGGGGAAACCGAGGACUCCUCUGCUUGGAAAGGGCUAUCUUGCGGAAAGAAACCUCCAGGCAGAAGCAUUAAAUAAACCUGCAAUAAAUAUGGAUGAUUAAAUGAAUAAUAUUUUCUUGAGGGAGGGGGAGAGACUCUGCAUUCUGAAGACUUCUGUAAAUUCUUCUGCAGAUCUGCUACAUAGUUCUUAAAUGAUCUUCAGAAUACAUGUUGAAAGUGUAACUGCCAAUGAACUGCAUCAAAUCCCACAUAGGGAGCAACUCUUAAACAGAGGAUUGCAUCUAGACUACCUGUAGACAAUUCUCACAACUUCAUUUGGUGCUUGCUUACACAGGUUCUAUUUACUGGAUCAACAGAAGUGAUCCAAAAUGCCUUUCACUGAUGAGCAGAGCAGUGACUGUGAUUCUUCUAGAUCUUCAGAAAGUGCAACUUCUUCAUCUAGUGACUCUGAAUACUCAAGGCAAAGUUUUACCAGUGAUUCUUCAAGCAAACCCAGUUCUCCAGCCUCAACAAGCCCUCCCAAAAUGGUUACAUUUGAUGAAAUGAUGGCAGCUGCAAGGAAUCUGUCAAACCUGACUCUGGCUCAUGAAAUUGCUGUAAAUAAGAAUUUUCAUUUGGAACGCGUAGAACACCCGCAGAACAGCUUGCCUGGAAGGGUUAAACAAAUUGUACAUAAAGCAUUCUGGGACCGCCUGGAAGAAGAUUUGAAUGAAGACCCUCCAGAGUAUGAGCAUGCAAUCAAACUGUUUGAGGAAAUUAAAGAGAUCCUUCUUUCUUUUUUGAACCCGGGGGCUAACAGGAUGCGCAACCAAAUUUGUGAAGUCCUCGACACGGACCUUAUAAGGCAGCAGGCUGAGCACAAUGCAGUUGAUAUCCAGGGUCUUGCAAACUAUGUCAUUAGCACCAUGGGGAAGCUGUGUGCUCCAGUAAGGGACAAUGAUAUCAAUCAGUUAAAGCCCACUGGGAAUAUUGUAGCAUUGUUGAGGCAAAUAUUCCAUGUUCUGGAUCUCAUGACAAUGGAUAUGGUUAAUUUUACUAUCCAGAGUCUUAGACCUCACGUUCAGCGCAACUUGAUAGAUUAUGAAAGAGCAAAAUUCCAAGAUAUACUUGAAGAAACUCCAAGUGCCCUAGACUUGACAACCGAAUGGAUAAAGGAAUCAAUACAAGAUGAGUUGUCUUCUAUUUCUUGUGAAAUGUCAUCAUCUCCUGGUGCUAAUGGGAUCUCAAAACCAAAUGUUAGUCCGAUUGUGGUGUUAACAAACAGCUACCUGAAACUGUUAGAGUGGGAUUAUCAGAAAAAAACAAUUCCAGAGACAUUAAUGACAGAUGAAACUCGCCUUCAAGAAUUAUCCAAGAAAUUGAAUCAGUUGAAGAUUGUAGCGUGUAUUUCUCUCAUAACAAGCAACAUGCUGCCUGCAGUUAUUGAGGAUAUUCCAGACUUCAUUGAGAAACAAAAAAGGAUUUCUUUUGUUCUGCUCGAAGGAAUGCAUAAGGAGACUUUUGAUUUAAAAGAAGCUCUUAAUGCAGUAGGUAUUCAAACAUGUAGUACAAUAAAUGAAUCACUCACAAAGAGAGGCUUUCAGCUCUUAAAUAAAGAAGUUCAAGCAAAUGUGGUAGGUCAGCUCUGCAACAUUGUUGAAGAAGACAAUGCUGUCAUCACCUUAAUUGGUAAACGAAUUCAUUUGUACAUGAAAAGCUUGCUUGCUUCUCCAUGCUUUCAAAAAUCUAUGCCUACAGUUCCUGGAGGUCUUGGUGUGAUUCAAAAAGAGAUAGAGACUAUUGGAUCUCAGUAUGCUAGCAUUGUUAACCUUAAUAAACAGGUUUAUGGACCAUUCUAUGCAAGUAUCUUUCGAAAACUGCUAUUCAGUGAGACAGAAACAAACAAAGCAGAACUUGAGACUUCUACCAACUGAAAUAUGUACAGCUUCUUUUUUGGUCCCUCCUUUUCACAAUAUUUACGUUGUGAUUGGCAUUCUUCUUUUGACUAUGCAUAGUUUGCAGUGAUGACUGUUAAUGGGAGACAGAGAGAAAUGUGUUUAUAUUACACAGAUUACAGUCAAAUAAAUAAAAGUUCCCUCCAAAUUAAAGCAAUUACUACAUUUUAAAAAGGUAACUUUUGAAAGGAUUAAUUAUGUUUGUAGCAAUUGAUUAUAAUAUGUGGCACUUAUUUACUGUAAUUUUCUUUUUCUUACACAAAUAUUUCAGACAUGUAUGAUAAAUGCCCACAGUAAUAUAAAUCUUCUAAAUGUUUAAUAUGCUUAUGCGAAUGACUAUGGUGCAAUAAUAUAAAAAGUAUAUUUCAGAUUUAAUCUGAAAUAAUUGUAGGGCAUUUGCCUUUUGCCUUUACCCCAAAUGGAUUGCUCAAGAAAGCCCUGCCCUCCACCCCAUUUCUCUCUUCUCACAAGUGAGAUAAUAAGGGAAGAUCAUGUAUCAAAUUUGUUCAAGGGUGUUUCCUGUUUUGAGCUUUUAAUGUAUGCAGUCUUCAUAAUGAUCUAGUACAAGUUGCUUAGAAUUUAGUAGCUCCUGAUUUCAUGUGGAAGAAUAGUUCCUUUUUUAAAAAGGUAAUUCAUGAUAGUUUAACUCACUUGCUUAACAACUUGCUAUAUUAUAUACAAGCUAUUUAUUUUUAUUUUUCUCAAUUUAUGGAAGGGCUAAAAUACAUUGAACAUAUAAUUCUCUGUUUACUAUCAACAAGAAUCAGAAUUUGAAAAUGGAAAGCUCAAGAAGACAAAUAUAUGGUAUUAAGCAGCAAAUGCUGAACAUGCUUAGUUGGACACCUAUUGCAAGGUGCCACUAAAUAGUCCCAGUUGAUAUUUUACUUGCUUUUUUCCUAAUAAAUAAUGAGAUAUCAUCAUUUUGGGAUUACAUCUCUUACCUAGGAUGUAAAAUAUCCGGAAAUUUUAAAACCAUGAGAAAAAACUUUUUUCCCUGUUUUUUUCUGGAAAAAAUAGAAAUUUUGAGAAAAUUGAAAAAAAAAAGUUCAGUGUGGAGUAGUUUUACAAAUUUAAUGAAUUGAUGUGUGUAUAAAUGCAUUAUGCUUGCAAUAAAACAGGUAACCAACCCCUUUUCCCUCAAAAGCAACAAAAAAGCAAGAAACCAUCAACAUAAAAAAUAAUUUGCUCCUUAGCCAAUAGCAAAUAAAGUUAAGGUUCACCUCCAUAUUUAACCU